GAACGGAUCCUCUCUGGCUGCAAUGCGCGCUCCUGACACAGGGGGCAGAAUUUCCCAUAAGAUCGGUGCUGAUACCGGUCCAGUUCCACCAUCACAGCUCAAACAGACUGGUCCUGGAUCUGCUCUCUGGACGUCAUUAGGGUGGGGACAUGGCCUUUGAGGAACCGAGCCACUGAUUGGUCCGCUGGGGCCGGGUGGCCAAUCACAGAGCUGCAUGUUGCCACGUGGCAGCGCCGCUGGCCUCAGCAGGAAGAACCGACGGUUAGGCUGGAAGAGAGGAAAUAGACCCAAAACAAAUAAGUUCCGACCCGGUCCGAGAGAACAGAACAGGAAUCGAACGUCAGGGGGAGGACCGAACCGGACCGGAGUGCUGGUUCUGGUACCGGUGAUUGUUACAGCCAGGUCCCCCCAGCAGCCAUGAGCGGUGAGCCCGACCCGCUAGUGGCCCGGCCCGACCCGGUUCCCGACCCGCUGGUGGCCCGGCCCGACCCGGUUCCCGACCCGCUGGCUGUGGUGACCCAGCUGAGGGACCUGGCGGCCGACCCGAUGAACCGCAGAGCCAUCGUCCAGGACCACGGCUGCCUGCCGGGCCUCAUCCUGUUCCUGGACCAUCCGGACCCUCAGGUGGUCUACUGCGCCCUGCUGGCGGUCCGGUACCUGGCAGAGUGCCGAGCCAACAGAGAGAAGCUGAAGACAGAGCUGGGGAUGAUGCUGAGCCUGCAGAACAUCGUGCAGAAGUCCACCACUCCAGGAGAGACCAAGCUGCUGGCCUCAGAGAUCUACCAGCUGCUGCAGGCGGUGCCCGGCGCCGACGAGCCGCAGGCGGUCGGGCCGGCGCGUGGCGGCGCGCGGCGCAAGGCCCAGUUCUUCCUGGGAUCCAGCAAUAAGAGAGCCAAGACAGUGAUCCUGCAGAUCCACGGCCUGGACGACCCGGGUUCUGAUCUGCUGUCCGGUUCUGAUCCGCUGCAGGGUCGGCGCAGUCUGUGUGAGGAGGCUCUGCUGAAGAUCCGAGGCGUCAUCAGCUUCACCUUCCAGAUGGCUGUUAAGAGAUGCGUUGUUCGGAUCCGAUCGGACCUGAAAGCUGAGGCACUGGCGUCGGCCAUCGCUGCCACGGAGGUCAUGACGGCUCAGCAGGUGGUGAAGGAUGAGAACGGAGACGAGGUUCUGGUCCAUUUCCCGGAGGCCGGUUCUGUAUCGGUGGAGCAGAACCUGGACCUGCCGGAGUAUCUUCCGGAAGAGGAGAGUCCGUCUCAAGACCCGGACAAGGCGAUCAGCCGGGUCGGGUCGGGUCAGGACGGGUCCAGCUGGCUCGGCACUGCCGCCAACUUCCUGUCCCGCUCCUUCUACUGGUGACCCAUCAGAACCAGAACCAGCUGCUGGAUCAGAACCAGAGUGUCUUACUGAGCGGGACAAACGGGUCAGAACAGAAAUCCAGAAGUUUUCUAUUUAUUGUCCAAACGGCCCAAACCACAGAACUGGAGUUUUAAUUGGUUCUGAUCAGGAACAGUGACACCAGAACCGGGUCAGAACAACUUCCCUGUUAAGUGUUUAAUCCAGACCAAAUGUUCUGAUCCGGGCUUUCCCACAGCAGCUUUCCGGACCGUCGUCAUGUUUACACUUUACCCGACUGGAUGCCUUGAAACCAGAACCGACCGGUCCCGGUAAGCUCGGAACCAUCUGACCCGACUGGUUCCCCUUGAACGAACGCUAACGGGUCUUAAAGCUGGGAACCAAUUUGGGAAUCGACAGAGAGGAUCCAAUUCAGCCGAAUUUUUUCCUCAGGAAAACCUCAGAUGUUCCCAGCAUUCCCAGCAUUCCCGGGAUCCAACAGAACAAAGACCCGGGUCAUUUCCUCCUGAUGGAUCUCUGAUCUCCAGCAUUCCUGCUGAGCUGCAUACCUGACCAUGUGUUCAGUGUUAGCCCCGCCUCCUCCUGCCUCUGUCCAAUCACAGGGCUUCAGUCGUGCAGAACUGGAUCCCAACACUGGGAUCCAUCCAUAGAUUCCCAGUCUGGACUGCUGGAACCAGGCCGUGUGACCAUGUCUGCUUCAGAACCACUGGUCCGAUUCUGAACAGACCGUUUCUGGUUCUGAACCGGUUUCAAUCAUUGUGACUGUUAAUCUUCAUCAUCUUCCUCUUCCUCAGUGUGAAUAAAAUGCUUCAGUCUGAAA